UAACCAAUUUAUUCCUUUAAACAUUCUCACCUAUAAUGUUCAAGGUUGGGGUACCCGUGCCUUGGAAGUAAUGGAUCUAAUUUUUAAAGUUGAUAGCCCAGUAUGCGUAUUUACCGAAGUAGGGGAACUUUGGAACAGUUUCAAAGUUCCACAUUUUACAUCGUUUUACCAAAAAGGUACACAUUAUGGCGGAGGGGUUAUGAUAACGAUAGGAAAACAUCUUCGGGCAACGAGAAUUGAUACUGUUAUAGAAAAUACGGUAAGUGUGGAUAUCCAUGGUCUUUCUGAACAAAUUAGAAUAAUAGGUAUAUACUGGCCACAGGGACAAAUGCGUAAUCUAAAAGAUCUAUCCCCCUUCUUAGUAAAAGGUACUAUUUUGACAAGUGAUUUUAAUGCAACUUUAGAUGAAUGGGGUAGCCAAUCUACUGAUAGGCGCGGUGACUCUCUGAAGAAAUGGAUUGAAGAGAAUGAGCUGACCUUUAUUCCCAUCAACUCUCUACAAAUAAAUUUAUACUAUUUAAAAGUGAUUGAAACCGAUUGA